GAAAUAUUUAUCACAUAUUUUUUGAUUAUAAUUUUGUUGUUUUUUGCGGUCUGCUAUCGAUCACUGCAUUGCCAUACCAUUGAUCCCAAGAGGCCCGCAGACAAUAUGUCAACACAGGGUUUCCAUAACUAUGAAAGACCCGUCCGUUCCGGCGAUGAUGAAGAGGAGGACCCGUUGGAGACAAUGCUCAACAAAACCGGUUGUAAAGAAUUGCAUUAUUCACUACAGGACUGUAUGGCAGAGCACAGGGAUUGGCGACAAUGUAAAGAUUUGGUCCAACAAUUCAAAGAAUGUAUGAUUAUAUACGAGAAGAAUAAAUCACAGAAUAUGAGCAAAUGAUUUACUUGUUGUCAAUAGUUAUUAGUUUUAUUAUUUCAAUUCAGACUAUUUUAAUAGAUAUGAAUAAAUGGCACAAAAUUUCUCUCAAAUAUA